UCCCACAAAGAAAAUAUCUGUGGGGAUAGAGAAUAGAGAGAGACCCCCACAUGUAACAAAAGUCUGUUCAAACCCUGUCUGUAUAGUAUCAAUUAAUGCUAGAGCUACUUUUGGAAAAAAUAAUGAGAACAUGAUCAGGUUGAGACAUCCUCUGUAAAUAGAUAAUCAUUGUCCUUUUAUCAAUUUCUGGUCUAACUACCGCUUCUUGCUAAAUAUAAUAGAAAUAAAUAUACUUGAAUUAUUCCAGCCUAAUGCUCUUUAUAUUUUAAUGUUGACUGGUAUGAUAAUGGUAUGGCAAGCUUCUGUCUUUACAUCAGGUUUAGCUGGCUUUCUUCUUGCCCUUCUGAGCUCCUACAUAUAGCUCAGGAUCAUAUAUCCAGACCUUUAUUACCUCUUUCAUCACAAAAUUGGCCGGCCUUAAUCUAGUUCUUCUCGUUCUUGAGUAUAUGGUUUUCUUGUUCUCUCUCCUGGAUUGAAUUUCACUGUUGAAAAGUUGUUUCUUGGAUUUUUGGAAGGUGCCCUCUGUUGUUGUUUUUCUUUAGUUUUGUGACUUUACUAGGAGUCGGAGCUCAAAACCCAGAGCAUAAGCCAUAUCCAGUCCAUCAGUUUUGUGGCAAAAGAGUGAUUUUUCCCCAAAAACUGAUCAUUAAUCUUGAGAUACUUCUCAAUUUUGAGCUUUUUGAGCUGUCAAUACCUUAAUUUUUGCUAAUACUCUUGAAGGCCCUUUACAGUUCCUAACUGUAAAGUUACUCAGUUUUGAGGUGUCUGAAUAGCCGGUUUUUUAUGGGUCUUUUGGGCAUGAAGUAUGGCUUUGCAGUCACAGGAGUUGUGUUGUUUUUCAUGGUGAAUACUGUGCAAAGUAUUGGGGCCAACUGGGGAACACAAGCAACUCAUCCUCUGCACCCUUCAAUUGUUGUGAAGCUGCUGAAAGACAAUGGAAUUCAGAAGGUGAAACUGUUUGAUGCUGAGGCAACUGUUCUUAAUGCCCUCAGUGGGUCAGGAAUUGAAGUGAUGGUGGGGAUCCCAAAUGAUAUGUUGUCCACUCUUGCUAACAGUGUGGAUGCUGCUGAGAGAUGGGUGGAGAGGAAUGUAUCUGCACAUGUCUCAUCUAAUAGUGUUGAUAUCAGGUACGUUGCAGUUGGAAAUGAACCUUUCCUAUCGACAUACAAUGGAACCUUCCAGGCCACAACUUUACCGGCUCUUCAGAAUAUUCAGGCGGCCCUAAUUAAGGCCGGCCUUGGGAAUCGGGUGAAAGUAACUGUUCCACUCAAUGCAGAUGUCUACCAGAGCUCGACUGAACAGCCCUCUACCGGUGACUUCAGAGCCAAUAUCCAUGAUCUUAUGGUGCAGAUAGUUAGUUUCUUGAGCCUUAAUGGAGCUCCAUUCACCGUCAACAUUUACCCUUUCAUUAGUCUUUAUAACGAUCCCAACUUCCCGGUGGAUUAUGCCUUCUUCGAUGGAUACUCAUCCCCUAUUGUUGACAAUGGGAGAACCUACACCAAUGUGUUUGAUGCCAACUACGACACCCUCGUUUGGGCCCUGCAGAAAAAUGGAUUUGGAAACAUGACCAUCAUCGUUGGAGAAAUUGGGUGGCCGACUGAUGGAGAUCGCAAUGCAAAUAUAGGAUAUGCACAAAGGUUCAACCAAGGUUUCAUGUCCCAUAUGAACGCAGGCACUCCCAUGAGACCGGGCCCUAUUGAUGCCUAUUUGUUUAGCCUUAUCGACGAGGACGCCAAAAGCAUACAACCAGGUAACUUUGAACGCCACUGGGGUAUCUUCAACUAUGAUGGGACUCCAAAGUACAAUCUCAGCCUUGGUAGCUCAAAUUCCCAUAGUCUAGUUCCAGCCAGCAAUGUUCACUAUCUCCCAAGGCGCUGGUGUGUUUUGUCACCCUCGGCCAACCUUGAGGACCCGCAAGUGGCGCUCAGUGUGAGCUAUGCAUGCGCUAAUGGUGAUUGCACCAGUCUUGGAUACGGGACAUCCUGUGGGAACUUGGACGCCCAGCGGAACAUUUCAUAUGCAUUUAACAGUUAUUACCAAAUAAACAACCAGCUGGAGAGUGCCUGCAGGUUUCCAAACCUAUCAGUGAUCACAACCACCGACCCCUCUGUUGGAACGUGUAGGUUCAACAUUAUGAUCCAGACGGCUGCAAAUCAGAGGAACGGUGGACUCUCGUCGGAGCCCCUGGGCUUUCUAGUUCAAAUUCUUGUAUUCUUGUCAGCCCUGCUGUUAUUAUAAUGGUCAUAAAGCAUGAUAGAGUUGGUUCAUUCUUUUGCCAUAUGCACAUGUUCUUACUCAGUUUUCAUGUAUUCUGCUGCUGUAGCUUCAUUUUUAUCCACUUCAGCUACAAUGAGUUUAUACAGAAAGGCUUGAUUAUCAAGUCAUCCCACAUUGCUUUCUGUUC